AUGCAUACCAGAUCCAUCGUAGGCUAUUUCCAGGCAACUUUCUUGAUUGGCCUAUCUUCUGCAGCCACCUGUUACGACAACAAACCGUUCGGGGAUGAGAGCUUGGGAGGCGACGAUGUUGCAGCAGUCCUUCGGGCACAAGUUUCAGGCGUAUGCCAGAGCGGCAAUGCCAACGUUCAGAACAAUGACAACACCUGGAACUAUGGGCUGGUUGAGUUUCGCAUCAGGAAGGCCGAUGAUACCACUGACGUGUCUGCAUGCGAAGAUGCCUUUGGAAACAUCAUCGACCAAUGCAUUGAUGGGGACUCGGACUACCCCAAUAACCCAUUCCUACCAAUAGCUGGCACCAUUGAUGGCCUCAUCAGCUCGGCUGGCGAGGCUGUCUCUUCUUACAGCCAAGACUCGAGCGAUUCCGACAAAGCGAACGCAGCAGCAUCUUCAAUCGCAGUUGCGCUGGCAUUCGCCAGUGUCAGCGCUGCCCCCUCGAGCGUCAUCGCGUCUCUAGAAGCAGCAUCUGCAGCUGCCUCACAAGUUCAUGGCAAGAGGUGGACACUGACAAUGACAACGGAGAUGACGAUUCAUCCACCACUCAUCCACCACUACCAACUCGCCAACUUCUACGACCCUCACGACAUCGAAAUCUACAUCUACAUCGACACCUUCGUCAGUAUCGAGCUCGACGAUCACGACGACAGAGGCCCCAGUGACACCGAAUCAGACGACAGAGGCCUCAGUGACACCGAGACCUCCGGGACGAAUGCUAUCGGUGGGUCUUCCUCCAACAAGGAAGUAGUGCCGGGAUGCAAGUUAGUCGCAUCGUGGUCUUCGAACUACGGCGAUGUCUAUUACGGCGACGGCGACUGUCUGCGCGACAGUAGCAAUAACAUCAUUGACAAUCAAUGCUGCACGGCGAGCACCACGGACACCGUGGCCAAUCCCUAUUAUCAAGAGCCCGAAGAUACCUCGACUCCCGAAGAUACCCUGACUGCAAAUUGCUGGACCAGCGACCAACAGCCCAAGCAGUUGGGGGAUAUCAAAGACGUCCAAAAUCACGCCGAGGCGUUCCGCAGCGCGCUGCAGAAGCACUCGGUCGUCAUGAGCAGCGAUGACGUCCAGCUCCCCGACAGCGUGCUUUCGGAGAGCCAGGUCAAAGGGGGCACGUCGAACGGAGACUUCCUGAUUUUCAGCUUCUUGUGGUCCAAGCAGGGCUGCGCUGAUCCCGACCAGCCAACUAGCAUCGACUUCACGUACUCGCAGGACGAUUGCGUGAAGCACUAUGUCUCGCAGAACGCGGAGAAGUGUCCGUAUGGGGGCCAGGCGGUCACAGAUUGUGGGCUGUGGUUCAUCAACGCGACCUCAUAG